UAGAAACUGUUGGUUCAUAUUGUCAGUGGUUAAAAGAGAAUCCGACAUAUAUACCGCCCGCUAUUGAGUUGUUGGUUCGUGGUUUAAAUUCUAACAUGUCUGCCCAGGCCACGUUGGGACUUAAAGAGCUUUGCUGUGUGUGUCAACUGCAAAUGAAACCAUAUGCUGAACCACUCUUAAAUGCUUGCCAAUCGUCAUUAGCUUCGGGUCAAAUGAAAAAUUCUGAUUGUGUGCGUUUAAUGUACAGCAUCGGUAAACUAAUGAGUUUACUUCCAGCUGCUAAUAUACCAAACUAUUUAGACAUCAUAGUGAGCCCUUGCUUUGAGGAGCUACAAGCAAUUUGCCAGAGUGAAAGCAGAACGCCUGCAGCACGCGUUCGUACAAUAUUUCGCCUGAACAUGAUAUCAACAUUAUUUUCCUCGUUGAAUACAGACUUAGAUGAAGAUGAUCAAAUUGAAGAUCUGGAAAAUGUGCAGCCUGUACUAAUUGUGAUGCAGAAAACAAUGCCAAUAUUUCGACAAAUUGCUGAGCUCUGGGUGGAAGAAUUAGACGUCCUUGAGACUGCUUGUACUGCCUUGCAACAUGCAAUAGUCAAUCUCAAAUCUAGUUUUCGACCCAUGUUGCAAGACCUCUGUUGCUUUAUUGUAGCUAUUUUCCAAACUCGCUGCUGUGCACCCACACUGGAGAUAUCGAAAACGGCCAUUGUAAUCUUUUACAAGGACGAGGGGUGCAAGUCUCUGAUGCAACAACUUAUGGUAGAAUUUGUACUUCACAGUUUUAAGUUGUUCGAG